ACAUCUCUUCUCGAAAAGAUUAAUUGAGAUUAUAAAAGUGAGCAUCAACAAACAAAGGAGAGAAACCAAAAACACAUAACACUACGAUGUUGCUAGGGAAGAGACAGAGACCACCAAUAAAGAGAACCACAAGUCUCUCUGAGAUUAAGUUCGAUUUGAAUCAACCUAGCGAACAAGAACCAUCCAAUCAUCAGAUUCAGCUCGUGACCGUUGAUGAACACCGUCAAGUUCAUCAAAGAUUGUUAGAUCAACGGCUCUUAGCGAUGGUCUCACCGAGAGGUACACAGAGAAGACACUCAAGUGAUUACUCUGAAGAUUUUCUGAGAUCUUGCUCUCUUUGUAAACGUCUUCUUGUUCCUGGUCGUGACAUCUAUAUGUAUAGAGGAGAUAGAGCGUUUUGUAGUUUAGAGUGCAGGCAACAACAAAUUACAGUGGACGAGAAGAAAGAGAAGAAGAAAGGUUCGGUGAGGUCCACCGUCGUCGCAACCGCCGGAACCACCACUGGAGAGAGAGUUUCCGCCGCCGUGUAGGUCUCUUUACAUAUGUUGUAUAAUAUCGGUAAUGAUUGUAUUAUAUGGUUCUUGUUUUAUGUAUAAAAAGCAUUGAGGAUUGUUGACUGUGAUUAACCAUGUUAAUCAUCCUAUAAAUUUUGCUUUUAAUC